GUCAAUAAAUAACAUUUUGCUCCCUGAAAAAUUUCGAUAGAUAUAUAGAACCGCGUUUUUUAAUCUCGCCGGAGCAUCGACAACCCCGCCGCCGUCUCCGUCGCCGUCUCCACACCCUCCUCGUUCUUCUAUUACGGAGAUCUCGCGCUCUCAUCUCCUAAAUCUCGAGAUCGAAUAAUCAAUUCGUGAAAUUUGACCCUCAAUUCGAGAUGCAUUCGAGAUCGGCGCAGCUGUCUUACCGAGAUCGGACGCAGGAGUUUCUGACGGUGACGGAGAGAUUGAAGAAGUCGUUAUCUUCUCAACAGAACUCUGAGAUCGCCGCCUCUGCUUCGAAAUUCGAGGGGACGAAGUCGUCGGUCUCGAUUCAGUCGGAAUUCAACAAGAGAGCUUCCAAGAUCGGGCUUGGGAUCCAUCAGACUUCUCAAAAGCUCUCCAAACUAGCGAAAUUGGCAAAGAGAACAUCAGUUUUUGAUGAUCCCACGGUUGAGAUACAAGAACUAACAGCAGUCAUUAAGCAAGAUAUUACAGCUCUAAAUUCUGCGGUAGUAGACCUGCAACUUCUCUGUAAUUCCCAGAAUGAAAGUGGCGGUAUAUCCAGUGACACAACUAGCCACACAACCACUGUGGUUGAUAACUUGAAGACUCGUUUGAUGAGUGCAACAAAGGAGUUCAAAGAAGUCCUAACCAUGCGGACAGAGAACCUGAAGGUUCAUGAAAACAGAAGGCAGUUGUUUUCUUCUUCUGCUUCAAAAGAUGCGACAAAUCCUUUCGUUAGACAGCGCCCUUUGGUUUCAAGAGGAUCCACUGACACAACUGUACCUCCAGCACCCUGGGCAAAUGACUCAGCUUCUUCGUCUUCUUCUCAGUUGUUUCCCUCGAGGAGAAAGAAUAAUGGUGAUACACAGCCAUUGCUGCAGGGUCAACAGCAGCAGCAGCAAAUGGUUCCAGUACAGGAUACAUACAUGCAGAGCAGAGCAGAAGCUCUACAAAAUGUUGAAUCAACCAUUCAUGAACUGAGCAACAUCUUUACACAACUUGCUACCAUGGUUUCCCAGCAAGGAGAGAUUGCCAUCAGGAUUGAUGAGAAUAUGGAUGACACAUUAGCGAAUGUGGAGGGAGCUCAGGGACAGUUGCUGAAGUACCUGAAUAGCAUAUCCUCCAACCGAUGGCUGAUGAUUAAGAUUUUCUUUGUACUGAUGGUUUUCCUUAUGGUUUUUCUAUUUUUUGUCGCAUAAUUUUGUUUACAAGGUCAGAAAACACACACAAAUAUUCUGUUGUCUGUUCCCUAUACGUAGAAAUUUUCUUUUGUCAAUAUCAUUUCCUUGUUAAUACCCGUGCGGUUAAAAACACAGCUUAACACAGUGUAUUCUCAGAAUUCGGCACUUGAUCCUUUGUCCGUCCGUCGUGUGAGGACUUCAAUCGCUUGUUCACUGUGACUCAGGUACUGAUGCAGCUGAGGCUUGUAUUAUUUGGGAUAACAUUUUCAAUUAUGCAAUUGAUGAGAAUCAGGACUAGCUA